AUGGUGCGGAGAGCGAACCUUAACCACUGCUGCAAUGCUCAGCAAUUGCUGAUGCAGACCGUUGCGGAGCGGUCCUCAGAUCUCGCGGUCAUAGCGGAGCCCUAUAAUGUUCCCGACCACUCUCGCUGGUUCGGGGACGUUACUGGAACCGUCGCCGUUUAUUGGGCGGGUGGUGAAGUGGUCCCACCUUGUUCCCUGCUCGAAAGGGGGCAGGGUUCGUGGCUGUCCCUCGCCGACUACGAGGUGUACCUGGACUGGCUUGCAAGCUGCGUACGCAGAUGCCUGCCCCGUCCCUUGAUCGUCCUAGGAGACUUCAAUGCCCACGCCAGGACUUGGGGCAACCCCAGAGACGAUCCGAGAGGAGAGACGUUACUCGAAUGGGCGGCUGUUCUGGAUCUCCGGCUAGUAAACCGAGGUUCGGAGAGCACGUGCGUACGGUGGCAGGGCGAGUCUAUCGUCGAUCUCACAUGGUCGAGUCCUGCUGCAAUUCGCGUGCUGUCGGGAUGGCGCGUCGCGGAAGUGGUGGUCACACUACCAGACCACCGCUACAUCGUAUUAGAUGUAACUCUCCGUCGUCCCGAACGUUCCACCUGUCGUCGAGAUGGCAACUUACCGCAUCGAUGGUCCUUUAAGCGGCUAAACCGAGACUUCCUUGAAGCUGCUGCCAUCGUCACGGCCUGGUCAGAAAACGCCGAAGAGGUCUUGUCCGAUUCAGAGAGUGAGUCGAUUCGACUCAGGGAUACGAUGACGUCAGUCUGCGACGUUUCUAUGCCCCGAACCGGCCGCCCCAAGUGCCGGGUAGUGUACUGGUGGUCGACGCAUAUCGCGCAACUACGCGAGUCUUGUCUUCGUGCGCGCCGCGAGUACACCGAAGAAGAAGGCAAGCAACUCCAGACCAAAAAGCUGAAGCAUACGAGACGUACUAGUCGAAAUCUCGGACGUUUGCGUUCGUUCCUAGAACGAGCUCCUAGAAGGACUCAACAGGGAUCCGUUUGGGCGUCCAUACCGUAUAGUGUUGGGCAAAUUGCGCCCGUGAAUGCCCCCACUGACGGACACCUUAGAUCCGAAUUAAGUGAGAAAGGUGAUAGAAGUACUCUUCCCAGUGAUCCGGUCAAGUCCCUCGGUCUCCCUGCCAUUACCGGCCUGGUCCGACGAGCUGGGAGUUACUGGGCAGGAGCUUAA